CACAGGAGGGCAAGAAACUUCAGCACCUCCGAGCUGUCUUUAAAACACACGGUUAUAUCUUAUCUCAGCGUGAGAAUUCCAACAAUUCCAACUUCUGCUACGCAAACUGUGUUUAGAGGAAACUUUCAUGAGUAGGACUACAACUGACUGCAGUAAUGCAAAAAAUAGAAAGUUAAUCAACCUGAAAAUGAGUUCAGCUCUGUCCUCACUGAAGAAAAACAGACGAGCUCCUCUAAUACCAGGAGGACACAAGCAGAGGGAAAGGCAGAUCUAUACAGAAAGACCUUAUGCAGAUGAAGCUGCGCUGCUUACAGAGUUUUUCCCUCAGGCUCAGACAGGACCAGAGGACAAGGACAGCCUUGCCUCUCUGAGGUCAAAGGUCAUGCAGAAGAGGACUCCCAAAGAAGGCUGCCCUCCCAGUGAUUUUGAGCUGAUGUCCAGCAUGGUGCAGAAACUGGGUCAGUUAGAGAGAAAGGUCAAGGCUCAGGCGGUGGACAUAAACAGCAAGGCAAGACGAAUAGCAGUUCUGGAAGAAAAACUUAAGCUACUGCAAGUCGUAAACAAAACAGAAGGCGAGAAGUGCGAGGAAGAAGGACUGGCUGAAAAGUGCCGCCGACUUCAGAACCAAGUGUGGGAAAUGGAGAGGUUUCUGAAUGACUAUGGAAUGAGUUGGGUUGGAGACGGUGAGGAUCACGACCUGACAGAUGAAGCACAGCUAGCAGACUCAGCACACCCACUGUGGAAACCAGGAGCUUCGGUGGUCAGGAGGUUCUCCAUGAACUUUGACCUGGUUCUGCAGAACAUUAUCGACCUGAACAUCCUGGCCGGUGAAGGUCAGUCCUAUGUGACAUCGGUUCCUGGAGGAGCCAAACUGACCCAGCAGAAUCCGGUUCCUCUGUGGCUCUACAAGAACGGCAUUGUGAUGUUCAACGGCCCUUUCCGUUCCUACCACGACCCCAGCACUCAGCGGUGCAUGCAGGACCUGAUGGAUGGAUAUUACCCCUCAGAGCUGCAGGAGAAGUUUCCAGAGGGGGUCGUCUUUCAGGUUUAUGACAGACGGGAGGAGGAGUUCAGGGUGGGACGGGCUCCUGGGUUUCCAGGGAAAGGUCGCACAGUAGGGGGUUCAGAGCAGAAACUGCUGGACCACCGAGAGGAGGACAGAUGCACACAAAGCCAGAGCCUGUUAUCAGGCCGGAAGUUGUCCAUGGAGCAGUUCAUGAAUAAGCUCCCAGAGAGUGUUGUGAAAGGAGGCAAAGUGAUCAAUAUUCGCUCCUCACUGAAAGCCCACCUGCAGGGUUCGGCUGGUGGAGCUCCGAGUCAUUCAGUGAGCGUUAUAGAAACUCCUGCUCUGCAGACUCUGAGAGAGAGGUUGGAGUCCAACGAAGCUGGCUGCUCGGGGGCUGAGGUCACGACCCUGCGAGUGAAGUCUGAGGAUGGAGAGAAAACGUUCAUCCUGAAGAUGCUUUUCUCCGACACCAUCGCUCACCUGCGCCAACACCUGAACGCUCACAGAGGCUCCUCCUGUCCUCCAUAUGACAUCAUCAGCGCUUUCCCUCAGCGUUGCCAUAGCGAUGACACCCAGACUCUCCUGGCCUGUGGUUUGACCCCAAACGCUGCCCUGCUCCUGCGGCCCCGCCCACCACAGACAUCAUCUACCAAUCCCACAUAAAGACGAAUCACAGCUCAGUUAAUAUUUUGCUCAUAUUAAGGAUCUGAUUCACAUAGUGUUAAUACUAUAAUAUACAAUUAUUACAUUUAUUAUGUAAAAAUAAAAGAUUUAUCAUUUAAA